AUGAUGAUAUUAAAUUUUCUUAGGAAGAUUUUUGGCUACUUUUUCGAUUCUCCAAGGCCUAUAAUAAGUAUACAAAAUUUACCAACUCUAAGUAUUGUUCCUGAAAAAAAGCUAGUAUUUCCUAUUUGAGCAUCCCAGCCAGAUGGCAUAAAAUCUCAUAAACAGGGACUCCCUAAUGUUGGGAAUACCUGUUAUUUAAAUGCUCUUCUACAAGUAUUAUCAAGCACUCCAGAUUUUGUUCAAAAAUUACCUUCAAAUUCAAAAAUAUGUGUUUCACUGUCAAGAGUUAUAUCAUGAGUCCAACAGAAAGGCAGACUUUCAAUUUUCGCUGAAAUAAAAAAGCUUCAGCUAUAUUUAUUUCAAGAAUUCCGCAUGGUAAUAAAUACGUAG